AUGGACUUGCUGGCUGAUUUCUCGGACGAUGAUGGGCCCAUGCAAGAUCGCAGGGGCGAUCUGAUGGACCUGCGUGAGGAAUCAAAAGCGCUGUCUACAGAGCUAGAUGCUGUUGCUGAGGGCCACGUUGGCCGUGAAAGUAACGAUGCUCCCCAGGUAGAUCUGCUUGCUGAGGAACCGGAAGCACGGUCUGCAGAGCUGCAGCUAGAUGCUGUAGAUGAGGGCCACUUUGGCCAUGGAAGUAACGAUGCUCCCCAGGUACGUCGUCUUGCUGAGGAAUCAGAAGCGCUGUCUGCAGAGCUACAGCUAGAUGCUGUAGUUGAGGGCCACGUUAGCCAUCAAAGUAACGAUGCUCCCCAUAUAGAUCUUCUUGCUGAUUUGUCUGACGAGGGCACUGACAUUAUCGACGAUCCACAUGCUACAGCCUUGGUUGCACUUCCGCGUAAUGCUCCUAAUGCAGAUGCGCAUGCUGGAGAAACAUCUUCGCAAACGCUCGUGCACUGUGCGGAUACUGGGUUGCCUACGCGCAGCAAGGCCUACAACAUGCAGGGCAAAGUUGGCCGUGGUCGUCAUGGAGGUCUCUUAGAGCGCCAGCUCGUGUGCUCGCAUAUGCGGGCAGAGAAGCGCGCCAAAAAGAUGCAAGAUGACACGCACGCUUUGGUGGAGGCAUUAAACGACUGUGCGUUUGUGAAGAACGGACAAAGCUUCACAGUCGCAGCCACGCACAGAGGUGGCGGCCCGCAGAUAGUGAUUUCCAAGGCAAGCUCCAAAGGCAACCGGUUCGUGCGGAAGAUCCAUUUUUCCAAAUUCAUCCGGGCUGCCUUUGGGUUGAACAGCAGCAACGUGGCGAUUGCAGCUCUUCUCAACGUUGAUGCAUCUACAGUUCCGAGACUUCAGAAGACGUGCGCGGGCGUGUUUAUGAUGUCUCAGGCGAAGCUGUUGGCGAGACUGUUAUCGCACUGCCAGAGAGUCCAUCCCGUGUCUGUUCACAAGCAGCUCAAGUGGGAUGAGACUACUGUAUACUAUGGCCUGAAAUAUCAUCCGAGCUACUUUGCCUUAUCUCGCAUGAUGACUGCCAUAGGUGACACCGCUGAAGUACGGGGAGCCUUGCACGAAGUUGACGGCGCAUACGCCAAUAUCAGAUUGCACCACCACUUCUUGUCCCAACCUGCCUAUGAUCCGACAAGACCGUCUGGAUGGUUCCUGGAGUCUGCAAGGUGCCAAUCUCACGCAACGCACCUGAUCUCCGUGUCCAUGCUUGCUUUGCUGGGCGGAAGCCUGUUGAGCAGGUUCUACGCUCUCGCGGAAAAGUUGGUGGUGGUGCCGUGGGACGGUGCGCCAGCAGAUCCUCUUGUUCAUGAAACACUGGAUUUCAUCGAGAUGUGGCAUCCGGGCAGCGGUGCUCAGGAAGAUGGGGAUGAUGAUGGGGAGGCGCCAAGGUCAUCCACUCGCUUCCAGCAGCACUUAGAAGCUUUCAAGGACAUGUGGAACUGCAGUUACGCCGGCUGUCCUAAACACAAGUGUGCCCCUGGUCAUUGCCGCUCACGCAUCGAUACUGUGACCAAGAUGGCCAGCAGUUUCAUCACAUUAUUGCUUGCGUCGCUGCCGGCAAUUCCUACACCCAACAAGUGGACUAAGCUGUUUGGGGUUAGCGAUUUCAUUGCGCUCGGCAGCCUGGUCAACAAUUUUCUCCCGUGCAUAUUCGACGUUGCAUUUGCUCCGCUCAUGCUUGCCAAAGGUACGGAGCAGGAAAUUGUUGAAGCCGACCCCAGAUUGGUUGAGGGCCUCUUCUUCCAUGCUGUCCAGGGAAAGAGGUAUGUGGCAUCCAAGACAUUCUUGCAAUGUGCUCAAAGCCAAUGGCGAUGUAGAUCCUGGAUUGUGGUGUCAGAACAUCUGCGCCGCCUCGUCUUCCACUGGCUACGCCUGCUGACGUCAACCAAGAAAGCGCGAGAUCGGUUCCCAAUCUCGGAGGUCCUGGACUUUCGAUGCAGUGUCGUUUGGGCGGUCCUACAGGGUAUAGCCCAUCAAUUGCUUGAUCCUCAGGGGAGAGGCCGUAUUUGCUUCCUUUGGGCUCCAGCAGGCUUUGACUCAUACCAAGCAUGGUGCAAGGCGUGUUUGCCGGAAGUGGGGGAUUUGCGGAAUGCACUUCUGAACCUUUCUGGUUGGAUCUUUCGGCGUCAUAUUGUGUACUGGAAGACCUUCCCCUGGACACUUAUUCAGCUUGUGGAUGCUUCCACCACGCAAGCUGUUGUGCAGGAAAUCAAGAGCGCGUGGGACUCUGCGCAAAUAUGCUGCGUGGCUCCAGGCAUGGCGCGGAGCUUGAAGAAAUUGGGUGUCUCCAGCGAUGAUCUGCUUUCAGAGUUGAAGUACAGAGCUUUGCUGGAAGGCUUCGGACGCCUCAUGCAAAUGACUAUUGCAGAUGUUGAGUGCAAGCAUGCACUCUCCAGGCACUGGUCGGAGCGACCGUUCCCGACUAUUAUUGCCAAACACGUGAACAAGGAGGCGUCUCUGUGCGUGCUGGAAGCCAGGAAACAGGUGCAGUCUUUGUUUACAGGCACAUCGGCGCCCGGGCGGGACUCAUUGCAAGCUGGCGAUUCGCUUUGCGGUGGCAUGAUUAAGGUCAAGGCCAAGCAAAUCCGGGGCAAGAGUGCCAAAUGCUUGUUCAAGGCAGAGUACUUGCAAGCGCGGAACACACUGACGCCCGAUUCAAAGGUGAGCCCCCUCAACCCAGAAUUCUUUGCGCAAGCAGAGGAAGCAUGGCGUUCACUGUCAGAAGAAAGACGACAGUACUUCCAGGAACUGUCGGAUCAGUCGUGCGCGGAAGCGAAGCAGCGGCGCCAGGCAGCGAAGCCAAACAGCAAAGCUCCAGCACCGCAGCCGGCAGCUUCUUCUGCCCCUGGCGCCAGAGCUUUGCGGGCUGUCGAGCAGCAGCAAGAUUCCUUGCCGCCAUUUGAUAUCCCUGGAGCAGAUUUGUCUUUGCUCGUGACCUCCGGCCACUACGAUCCCUGGGUCCUUGCCGCUGACGCUGCCGGCCAGCCGGAUGCACUGCGCCUUGGGCAGGCAGUGGCCAAGUACUGCCAAGAACUGCAGCAUUGCAAGCCUCAGCUUGCAGACCAGUGCCUCAGCAACAGUCCUGUGUCGGAAUCACAGUUGGAACAGUCUUGGAAGGACAACUUGCAGCACGGCGUCACAUGGGCGCAGGCUCUGUCGCACUUCAACGUAGAGUCGCAGCGCUUCAGCUCACCACCACAGGAAGAUGCUUUUCCAGAACGUGUCCAAUACCACGGAUGCUGCGGGAGCUUUUGCAGGAGCAAGUCUUCCCCGCGGGAUCUUGCGUUCUUUCAAGCAGCCCUUACAGCCUUUGACAUGGCUGUCUCACAAUGUGGUGAUGGGAGCGCAGCAUCUGCCAGCAAGUGUGAAAUUCUUCUUCGCCACCGUGUGACCAACGGCCCUGAGGCUGGUCUGGAUGUCGACGUGGUCUACACAUGGGUCACAGCUCUGUCAGCCCGCAGCGGUGUCCACAACUCCUCGCAGGUGUUCAUACCACUGAGCCAGAUUGGCCCUUCGAUUUCUGGAGGCGAGCAGAUGCUCCGGCUGCGAGUUCGACAGCGCUUCCCUCAGAAGUCACUUGGUGUUCAAAACUGCUGCCAACGGGUCCAGGGCGUGUGGCCGGGAUGGAAGGAGAUUCGGGUGCAGGCAGCUGCGUCGACAUCCGAAGCAGGGGCACAGGCGCAAGAGCAGGAAGUUGCAGAGGAUGUGCCAGUCGUGGCGCCACUUGGGCCGCCUUCUGCGUUUGAUGUGCUGUCUGCAGUAGUAGAUGGGCCGAGCAGCGCUAGUUCUCGUGGCCGCGGGCGAGGCAGAGGGCGUGGUAGGGCUGGGGACACAAACGCCAAAAUGCGGAAGGUGCUGGUAGCCAGUCUUCCCGUUGAAGCUUCGGAGAAUCAAGCUUUGGAGAAGGAGCUGUCUGAUCUCCUGGCAUCCGAAGAUGUUCUACUUCCUGAGCCAGAGCAGCCAGCAGCUUUUGAUGCUGCGGUGCAAGACACAGUGGUGGCGGCAUCCGUCGACGGCGACUUCAUUUCAGGAUUUGUGGGCGCAUUGGAGACGUGUGAGCAAGCUCACGCAAGCCUGGCCGCCGACUUCCCAGAGUCCGGUGACGAAGCCAUUGAAGGCGAUGAGGCAGUUGAACAAACUGGUGAGGAUGAUCUGCCCGCUACGCAGCCGCUGGAAGGAAUCGACGGCGCUGGUGGUGAGGAGGACAUUGCCAUUGACAUG